AUGAGCGCCAUGUCAGGAAAGCGCCUCUUCCGCCCUUGGCAGGACGACGCCCAGUCCCCCAAGAGGGUCCGAAUCUCUCCACCCACUGCGCCACCGACACCGCCGCCCUCAGUGUCUCCUGCGCCCUUGUGUGACGCCAUCAAAACUGAAACGUGGACACCCUCCAGCCCCCCGCCCACGCCCGCCGCCCUCCACCCCGCCUUCCUCCCGCAGCGCCAUCUGCUGCCCGGCCUCAGCCUGGCCGCACUCAGCACGCAGCACCUUCUGGUCCCCGCGCUAACCCUGGCCUCCUCACUCAGCGCCGCGCCCCUCUCGCCGCCCUCCGACCUCCUCGCAGAGGACGCCAACAGCAGCGCCGCAGCACGUCGGCCCCGCCCCAAGAAGUUCUCGUGCAGCGAGUGCGGCUCCACCUUCAGCAACAAGGGCCAGCUGAAGGGCCACCUACGAAUCCACACCGGGGAGAGGCCCUUCGCCUGCGACCACGAGGGCUGCGACAAGCGCUUCACCAGGAACGAGGAGCUGACCCGCCACCGCCGCAUCCACAGCGGGGCGCGCCCCUUCCCGUGCCCUCUGUGCGACAAGCGCUUCGGCCGGAAGGACCACCUCAAGAAGCACGUCCGCACGCACCAGCGACAGCCGCUCCUGCCGCCGCACCCCUCCUGCACCACCUGCAGCAGUUCCAGCUGCAACAGUUCCAGAUGCACUAGGCGAGUGCCUCAGUUGCUGCAACCCUCGUCCGCCCGGUGA